UUUGGGAUUGAUGUUUAACAAUAUACCAAAGCAUCGCAUUAUCAGAAAGAGAACAGUUCAGAACUUCUCCGCCUUAACGAAGUUAACGUUACACGGAGUUGUAUCACAUUUUCAACCAGUUUAUAUUAAAUCAGAUUCUUCUUCAUCUCUUCAUUUAAACUUCGAAUUGAUCAACUGAAAUUACGUUUGUAUCAAAUGCAGAGAUAUAAUAGGUAUAAGACUUAAAAGUAAAGUCCAUAACUUAAAGGUUGAGUGAAAACUGGAAUUAGUUGGAAUUCAUUUCUGCCUCGCUAGACGAUUCCAAUUUAGCUUUACUAACGUCUUAUUAACCGAUUCAACAGAAGACAGAAAUGAACUUCUUUGCAUAUUUACGAUUGUAUAAGAUACAAUUAGUUAAAACGAUAAACUGUUUCAUCACUUUUUUGUGCCUUGGUGGUUGCAGUACGUUACUUGGAUCUUCUUUACUGGACAUUCAAAUACGAGUUAGAAAACCUUUCGAUGUAGUUACUGGCCUAGUUCCUAGUCGGUCAAUUGGUUACAUGAUUGGCGGAGUAGUUGCUGGUUUUCUUGAAGGAAAAAUCGAGCCAAAUUGCGCUAUGGGCUUUGCAGCUCUCUUUGGAUCAAUUGCUAUUGGUUUAGCUCCAUGGUUCACCACAUUCAAUCCAAUCUAUGCGUGUUUCCUUUUUUCCGGAUUCUCCUCAGGAAUACUUGAUAUAUUCUGUAACGCUUACGUUUUCAAUAUUUGGGGUGAUCAAGUGGCAUUUUAUAUACAAAUUUUACACUCAUCUUUUGGCCUUGGUUCACUUUUAACACCUUUGAUUGCUCGAUCUUUUUUGUUGCCAUCAACCAAUGAAAGUCUUUCUGAUGAAGCCAUUUUUGCGCUUUACUCUCCUGACGACGUCAAAGUUCAAUAUGCUUUCAUGAUUAUUGCUGUGACAUUAUUUUGCAUCUCGUUUGGUUAUGCAAUAUUUUAUUUUAUUGACAAAUCCAGAAAGCAAAUUGAAGUACCAAAGGAAGAGCCUGAUAAACAGAAGCCUUGGAAAAAGUAUUUAUGCAUCGGCAUUGCUGGUCUCAUUGCUAACUGCUCUUUUGGUAUUCAAAUGAUUGUUGGUUCCCUGGCUCCAGCAUUUUCAGUCAAAGCUGAUAUUCACAUGACAAAACAAACUGGAGCAGCUUUGGUCUCAGUCUUUUGGAUUUGCUAUACAUUUUAUCGUUAUGUUCACAUUGGUAUUGCCAAGAUAUUCAAAGAACGAAAAAUUUUAUAUUGUAGCUACUUAUUGACUAUUGCCGGUGCUUUAGUGAUGAUUCCUCAUGCUGCUCGUUACUCUGAAUGUACAUGGAUCUCAAUCAUUUUACUCGGAAUCGGCUAUUCACCAACAUUCACAGCUUCUUUGGCCAUUUUACAAGAAUAUUUUUACUUAUCAAAUCGUUUACUCUCAGUCGUCUAUUUUUUUGGUACCGUUGGUGAAUCAAUUCAUCCAUGGAUCUUGACAUUCUUCAUGAACACUAAACCCAUUGCAUUCACGUAUUACCUUGGCAUUAUCUCAGUAGUUCAAGUUUUUGCAUGUUUCAGUCUAAACAUGAUUUGUGAUAAAAUCUUUAAGAAAGAAGAUAGAAGAGAUGUGAGUCGAACAGGUUCGAUUCGAUCGUACGCACGCUAAAUUUGAAUAAGGUCCAGGUUGAGUUUAGACCCUAACAAUGAGAAUUUUUAAUUUUUGAUUUUUAUCCGUUUAGACUAACACUGUUUUGGCUAAGCGAGCUUCAGUUGAAAAGGUUCAAAAAAGGUUUUAGCUACUCUCAAUUGAACCUUUCCAACAAUUUGUAAUCUUUGCAAAGUUAUCUUUGAAAAUAAAGAAUCUGAAAACGUUAAA